AGCCGCGCUCCCAUCGUCAACAGGAAACGGGGGAAGCGUCCUUGGAGAUGUUGUUAGUGCCGCUAACUUUGGCAUCUUUGUCCCCCUCUGCGUACACAAUGUCUGCGCCAAACAACUGACAACUGACCCGCGCUGUCUCAGCGGCUAAUGAGAAAACGAAUAAAAGUUUGGCAGUAACCAUGACUGCAGCUCUCAUAGGAGACCAGCUGAUCCUUGAAGAGGACUAUGAUGAGACCUAUAUACCCUCUGAACAAGAAAUCCAAGAGUACGCACGAGAGAUUGGUAUUGAUCCCGACAGUGAGCCGGAGCUCCUGUGGCUGGCCAGGGAAGGCAUUGUUGCCCCUCUGCCUCCCGAGUGGAAGCCUUGCCAAGAUGUGACGGGCGACAUCUACUAUUUCAACUUCUCCUCGGGCCAGUCCACGUGGGAUCACCCCUGCGACGAGCACUACCGCCGUCUGGUGGCCCAGGAGCGCGAGCGUGCUCAGCUCGCGGCCACCGCGGGAGGCACGGGGGCCAAGAAGGACAAGGAGAAGAAGAAGAAGAAAGAAAAGAAGGAGAAGAAAGAGAAGAAGAAGAAGGAGACGCUCAAGACUCCCGGUGCAUUGAGUUCAGCCUUGGGACCCCUACCAUCCCCACUGGGCAGCCUGGCUCCUCUGAGAGGUCUGGAUGCCCCGGGCCCACUGCCUGGUUCUGCGCCUGCUCUCCGGCGGUCGCUCGGCAGCUCUGGGGGACUGGAGCCCCUAAAGACUUCCCUUGGAGGCACUCGGAGCAGCGGAGCAUCUAGUGUUUUGGGCAGCAGGCAGGAGGAGAGGGUGUCCCUCACUGUGCCUGGCUUUGAUGAUGAAGACGAUGAUGAUUAUGAGGACCAUGACGAUGAGAAAGUCUCAGAAAAUGAGCUGAGUCUCCGCAGUACAGACCGAUUAUUGAAGAACCUUCACCUGGACCUGGAUGACCUUGGUGGAGGCCUACAGUAUGAGGACAGUGAGGCCAGUGGUGGAGCUCCAGCUGAGGAGAGGACAGAGCCAGAGUUGCAGGACUUGGCUCUAUCUAGAGAUCACAGCGUCGAACCACCGUCCCAACAGGAUUCUUUGAGAGGCCGCCACCUCCUCCUGUCUUCAUUGGCGGGCAGUGGAAACCAUGUUGUCAGUGUGGAGGGGACAAGUCCUAUCAGCCCUCAAUCUAAACACUCGGCUCCACAGGAGGUAGCAGAGGAGUUAAAUGAGGUGGUGGAAGAGGAGGAGGAGGAGGGAGGAGAGUUGGAUGACAAGGAUGUUCAGGGAGAGAAAGGACAAGAUGAAGGAGAGGGGGAUGAGAUGGAGCUAGAGCAGGGAAGAAGUAAAGAGUCUAUAGAAAGCAAGAAGGAAGAGGUGGAUGAGGUGGAGGAGGAGUGCCGUAAAGGUGAUGAAGUGUCAGAAAACUUGAACCACAGUGAGAAGCAGGAGAGCGAUGAAAGAGAGGAAAAUGGCAGCGAUGAGGAGGUAGAAAGAUGCGUUGAAAGGCAGAACGAUGAGACCAAUGACGGAGACGAGAAUGUGGAGAGCGACGAGCCUGCUGAGAGUUUAAUGGAGGAGAAAGAAGAGGUGAAGGAAGAGGAGGACAACUAUGAGUUAGAGGAAGGUAGCGAUGAGGUAGUGAAAAAAUGCUUCAAAAGUGAUCAAGAUGGAGGGAGCGUGGAGGAGGACAAAGGGAGAGAUGAGCUUGAGAGGAGCAUAGAUGAGGAGAAUGAGCAGAAUGAGAGUGAGGAAGAGGAGGUGGAGGUAAAUACCGAAAGAGAGCAGGAGGAGGAGGAGAGCGAUGAAGCUCUGGAGAGAUGCUCCCUGAGCCAGAGGAAGCUGACAGAGAGUGACGAGGAGGUGAUAGAGAGAUGUGCACAGAGUGAAGGGGGAGAAACAGAGGGGGGAGGACCGGAGGUAGACGAGGAAUCGGAUGCCCAAAAGCCUCAAACUGUGCCGGAGAGUGAGGAGGAAGUCGAAGUUUUUGAGACCGGGGCGGCUCGAAUUCGACCAGCCGAGCUAGGCGAGGAGACGAUGCCGAGCGGCCGUAAAACUCUUGACCAAAAGAGAAAAAUUCUUGCCGGCAUGAUGAAGAACGUGACAAAAAAAUGCCCCCUUUCUCCAGAGGAGUCUGAGGCCAGCAAGAUCGUUGAGGACGCUUUAUUCUCCAUAGAUGGCAAGCUGUCGGAGAAAGUUCUGGACAUCAACGACCUGUCUGGCACUGUGAGUCCACUUGAGAAGGAUGACAAAGAGGACAGAAAAGAAGAGGAGGAGAAUGAGGAGGCAAAGACAAAGCCGGCAGAUGCUGCCAAGAGGUUUGUUGUUGUUUUGAUGUUCCUGGAAAACGGCGAGGACUAG